AGUAUCUUCACUGAAAGAGGCGAGUGAGUGUGGAGUGACUCGCACAUCGUUUAAUUUUAGCUGCAGGUGAUGGGCAGGACUCGCAGGAGUGAGUCAGAGUGUGAGUUGACACCCGAACUGAGCCAUGGGGUUAGGCUGUUCUGAGGGUUACUUCUGGGACCGCCUGGUCAGGAAGUGUCUGACCUGUCAGAUGGUCUGCCAGCAGCCCUAUCGCCACCUCAGAUGCAUCGAGUACUGUGUGUCUCUGGGGUGUAAGGCGGUCCCAGGGCAGUACUAUGACAGGCUGUUGAAGAAGUGUCUGAGGUGUGCUGCGGUGUGUGGCAGCCAUCCCUCAGAGUGUUCCCACCAGUGUCAGACCCAACAGCCUGCCUUGAAUGGAAUCUUGAGGCCUGUGGAUGGGAAUGCCUUCCAGAACCAUACCAUCAGGGGGGGCUACCUACCCAAAAGCCUGCCUAACUCAGCCAUCCUGGUGUACUCUCUGCUGGGCCUGUGUCUGACUCUGCUGCUGUUGACCCUGUCUGUGGCUCUGCUGGUACUGCUGAGGAGGCCCCCCCGACCAGGGGCCACACAGAACAGUCACACCCAGGGUAAUGAAGGCCAGAAGGGCCAAGAGCCUAACCAGCACAGCCAGUCCUCCAAAGACUGCCUGAUGGAUCCAUCCCUGCUCCAGAUAAACAGUGUGACACUGAGCCGUUCGUCCAGCCCCACAGAGACUUGUGUGUGUGUCCACUGCUUCCCUGACCUCGGAGUGCCUGGCAGGGGAGAGAAGCAGCCGAGACCCCCACUCACCCUCUACCAGCAGGCUGUCCCCCAGGACCUCCACUCUCCUACCAGAGCCCCUCAGUGUGGAUCAUCACAGAGAAUAAUUUGCUCCCCUAGUCAGCCCAGCUUCUGAUUGCAGAACUGAACCAGACUGGACACUAAAUAAAUAAACAACUCUGGAGAAAUCUGAUACCGCCCACUCCAGGGUGAAGUUUCCCCUAAGUACAGAUCUAGGAUUACCUUCUCCUCCCCAAUCCUAACCUGAACAAUUAGUGGGGGGGAAAGAAACACUGUCCCAAGAUCAAAUGUGUGAGCAGUCUGGAGAGCAGAAAUUAAUAGGUGAAGGAUACAGGAGAAACUGGAGUGAGACAGAAGCGAGUGACAGAACAUUAUAUAUGCCUGUACAGAUGUUGGAUCUUCAUUUGAGCCAGUUUUCUACAGCAGGAAACUAAUCCUGCAGCAACAAGAAAUGUGAAUUAUGUGGAUUAUAAUUAAUGGACAUUUUUGUAGUGGUUGAUACAUUUUUCAAUCCGGCAAAUCAAGUCUGACAUUUUAAAAGUGGAGAUUACAAACUUUAAAAGCCUUUUAAAAACCUUGAAUACACAAGCUUGCAUUUCCUGUUGUGCAAGAAAAUUCUCAGCAACAAAAAUGAUCAAAUUAGGACACCCUCUCCGUCUCUCGGGAGACAUUACAACUACCUCUGUCAGAAUUAGACGUUCAUCCAUGUUUCUCAAACGUCAAAUUACGAAGUUCAUGUUUAAGGCUAGGCAUUAACUUAGAAUAUUUACGGUAAGGGUUAUGGUUUGGCAUAGGCUUAAAACACAAAUCUCAAGAACAUAUUUUUAUUGCUGGAUUUGAACAUGCAACCUUUGGCACCAGAGGCUGAUGCUUACGCAUUCACUGUUGCCCCUAGUGGCCGGUUUCCACGCCGACGUGCUCAGACAUGGACCGACAUCAAAUACCGACAGGUGACCUGGCUGGACAUUCACAGGCGGGUGGCCUCCAUGUGCCAUGAAAGACCUCCAGUAAAUCUUCAACAAGCUAAUAAAACCCUGCAGCAUACAGGCGAGUAAAGAUA